AGAACAUUAAAAAAAUUGAGGCGUCUUCCAUAGAUUAUACUACACAUUAGACAACGCGUCUUUUACACAGUACGCGUAAUAAUUUACAUUGAAAACAUUGUGUUACAUUAAUGUAAAAACGGAAAUCAAGUAAUAUUUAGGGCAUAAUUUGAUUUAAUCAAAAUGGCAGAUAAAUACGACAAAAAUGGGUAUAAUAGUGGCGAUUUUAAAAGAAAUACCACACAAGGUAAACCAGAGGAACUCGAUCAAAAUGGCGAAGAAGGUAUCAAAAUAAAUGAAAAAGCCGGUGAAUACAUGCGUGAACUACUUAGCGAGAAGAUCAAACUCAAUAAUUCAAAAUUUCCACUAUCUAUGAAGUUAAUUGAUCAAGAAGUAACAAAAGUACAGGCUAGUGGUCGUAUCACCAAGGACUCAAAAUAUGUGGAUGUGUUCCGUGACAAACCAACCAAAGUCACAGUUAAAGUUCUUGUGCCAAUUAAGGAACAUCCUAAAUUCAACUUUGUGGGAAAACUAUUAGGUCCAAAAGGAAACACUAUGAAGCAAUUACAAGAAGACACACUGUGCAAGAUGGCUGUACUCGGCAGGGGCUCAAUGAGAGACAGGCAAAAAGAAGAAGAACUCCGCCAGUCAUUAGACCCUAAGUACUCUCAUCUAGCUGACGAUCUUCAUGUUGAGAUAUCGGCCAUAGCACCACCAGCAGAGGCUCACGCUCGAAUUGCAUAUGCACUUGCAGAAGUCAAAAAAUACUUAGUGCCGGAUACAAAUGAAACUGUAUGGAUGUCACAGAUGAGAGAUAUAGAUGUCAGAGAUGUACACCCGGCGAGGCAGCCGCUGCUCGCGAACCCGGCAAAGAGCAUAUUGUACCGUAACACAGGGGCCGAGCGGACGCACCCGUACCGCGAGCCCGCGCCCGUCAUGCACCCCCCGGCCGCCAUGCCGCCGCGAUCCAUGCCUCCCAAGAACAAGAUCAUCAGCAUCCUGGAACGGGCCCGGACUGCGAUGGAGGGCUCUUACUCCUACGAAGACCAUUACGCACCACCCGAACCACCAAUGCGAGGGGGCGGGCGCGCGGCCGAGCCGGACGUGUACUACGAGCGCGGCCACGAGCGGUUCUACGAGGACGAGGCGCACUACCGCGAGGAGCCGCGCGAGUACAAGGCGUCGUCGCGCGACGUGGGCACGCGCCGCCCCGCGCCGCACCCGCCCGCGCACCGGCACUACCCGCGCGCCGCGCCCUACUCCCGGUACUGCACGCGCGACGCUCGACACUUUAAUUAUUUUCCCUACCUAUGCUGAUAGCCUUGAGAGCCUAUAUCAGCGUUGCCUUAACUAGUAGGUGAGCUCACGGGGCUCAAACCUGAUGACGUUGCUAACACUGACCCUAGAAAGAGCAGUGUUUCGUAGAAUCUACCACCGGAUCGUAAACGCAACCCACUGAGAAUAAUCCCAUCCUCACGGAUCGUUUGGAACCUCUGGGUAUGCAGAGGGACUUCCGUUCCAUCUGUACUUUGUACCGUAUGUUCCUUGGGGAAUGCUCUGAGGAAUUGUUUGAGAUGAUUCCCUCAUCUCCUUUUUAUCAUCGCACCUCCCGCCAUCGGAGCAGAGUUCAUCCAUAUUAUCUGGAACCGCUGCAUUCAUCGACAGUGCGUUUCUAGAGGUCUUUUUUGCCUCGUACCGUCCGGCCUUGGAAAGAGCUCUCCUCCACGGUGUUUCCCGAGCGCUAUCACAUGUCCUUCUUCAGACAAGGCUUGGAGAGUACUUAACGGUAGACAGCGGCUUGGCUCUGCCCCUGGCAUUGCUGAAGUCCAUGGGCGACGGUUACCACUCACCAUUAGGUGGGCCGUAUGCUCAUCUGUCCAGUCCAAAAAUAAAAACGCUACACGCACGAUGUCACAAUAACACGUGAGUUUUUUAACGUUCUCGAUAGUGUAAAAGUUAACUCAAAUUUGUACGCAGUUGGAAUAACGCCCCUGGCGGCAAACGUAGGUAAACGUUCCAAUUCUUUACAAUUUUGAUUUAACUUUUACGCUGUCGAGUAGGUUAAAACACUCACUAAGCACAGUGACGAGUAUAUAGGGUUGUGUCACAAGAAAAUAAACAAUCGUAGCUGUUAGCAAAUCUCACCCCGCCUAGCUGAGCCCUUGCUCUCGUCCAACUGUCCUGGUGAAACUGAAAAGGCCUCCACCCCACCAGUAAUUGCUCAUUCAUAAAAAAAAUCGACACCGGUCUUAUCACUAGAUAAUCUUCAGACGAGAUCGCUUCGAAUACUCUUGUCUUGAGGUGGCCAUAAAACUCAUCAGCUCGUUCCCUUUUUUUUAUUGCUUUGAUGGGUGGGCAAGCUCACAGCCCACCUGGUAUUAAGUGGUUACUGGAGCCCAUAGACAUCUACAACGUAAAUGCGCCACCCACCUUGAGAUGUAAGUUCUAAGAUCUCAAGUAUAGUUACAACGGCUGCCCCACCCUUCAAACCGAAACGCAUUACUGCUUCACGGCUGAAAUAGACAGCGCGGUGCUACCUACCAGCGCGGAUUCACAAGAGGUCCUACCACCAGUAACAUUUAAAAAAACUGAUUUAUUUGUUUGUAUUUUUUGUUAUUCGAGUACUAAUUGCUUUUGCGUUUCUAGGGCACCGCCGACGCACAAGAAACGUCAGCAAUAGGUGAGUUGUAAGAGGUCCAAUGUUUUUUUUUUUAUUUGUAAAAAAAAACCAGUUUGCGUCGGUUAAAAGAAGACAAAACUAAAUACGACAAAAAACGUGCAUAAUCAUUAUCUCUUUAAAUAAACGUAGGUUUCUUUAGAUCAAAAUAUGACUAAACUAAAUCGAAAACUCGUAUUAAAAUGUUGUAAAAAAAAAAAAAACAAUUAACAAGUGUUGCCCGAUCACAAAAAAAAAACAACUUAAAAUACUCUAAUGUAUUUAGGAAUCGAAAAAUAUUAUACUGUAAAUUUUGACGAGGUGAUCCCAAAAAGAAAAUCAAUGUAGCGUUAAAUCUGAUUCAACAUGUUUUGAUUGAAAUUAAAAAAAAAUGUUUACGGCUCGUGAAAGAAGAACACAAAAAACCUUCGUUAAAAUAACAUUGAAACAUGUUGAACCUAAAGCAGAGAUGUAUUCGAUUCUUUUGUUUAUUAUUAUAAUAAUAAAAAAAUAUUUGUAUAA